UCUUACAACACAUGUAACUACUCUUGAAAGGGAUAUUGACAUUUGAAACUGUCAGGAAGUUGCUGUUGGGUUGUUUUGAGCAAUACCGAUAAUCACAAUUUAAAUGCACUGGAAAAUUGAACAGAAAUUAGAAUGUUGCAAUGUUGUUGAUGAGAAUGAAAACGGUUCCAACGAUGGGGGUACACCGGUGGAAGUUUUGGAUGACGAUUCAUGCUCGCUCGGCUCAUCCUCCCCGUCGCUACAGGCGAUGGUAUCUGCACCUCUGUUGGGUAGAACUGUUUGUGCAAGUUGCAGUGAGGACAUUUUGGAUAAAUACUUGCUGAAGGUUAACGACUUGUGCUGGCAUGUGCGUUGUCUCUCCUGUAGUGUGUGCCAAAUAUCGCUUGGAAGUCAUACAAGUUGUUACAUCAAAGAAAAAGAGGUCUUUUGCAAAUUGGACUACUUUAGAAGAUAUGGAACAUGGUGCGCGUGCUGCGGCCGAAAUAUCCACUCUACAGACUGGGUCCGCCGGGCGAAGGGCAACGUGUACCACUUGGCGUGUUUCGCCUGUUUCUCCUGUAAGAGGCAGCUGUCCACGGGGGAAGAGUUUGCCCUGGUGGAGGAGAAGGUGCUGUGUCGUGUCCACUACGACUGUAUGCUGGACAACCUGAAACGCGCGGUUGAGAAAGGAAGUGGUGUGAACCUAGAGGGGGCGAUGCCAACAGAACAGGAAGUGAAUCAGCCCAAGCCGUCGAAAAGAGCGCGCACCAGCUUCACCGCUGACCAAUUACAGGUGAUGCAGGCUCAGUUUGCCCAGGACAACAACCCAGAUGCCCAGACUCUGCAGAAGCUGGCAGAGCAGACAGGCCUGAGUAGGAGAGUCAUACAGGUUUGGUUCCAGAACUGCAGAGCACGCCAUAAGAAGCAUGUGAGCCCCAACCACUCCUCAGCCACCCCCCUGUCCUCCCUGCAGCCCGGUCGCCACUCCCAGCCCACCCCAGCCCCAGAAGAGCUGCAGUACACAGCCUACGGCAACCCAGAGGGCUCCAUGCUCACCGCGCUGCACUCCUACAUCGAUGUGCACUCCCCUCAGUCUAUGCUGUUCCAUCCCCUGCUGCCCCCCCAUUCCAUGGCCUCCCUGCCUGUGACCCACGCCUGAGCCACACACACACACACACACACAGGAACAUGUCAAUUUGCCAGAGCCUCACACACUACCAGGGAUCUAGCAGGUUUCUUGGCACAUUAAUUAAUUGUAACAUUUCAUGUGACUUAUCACUAAAGGUCUUGUUAGAAGCCUUAUCUGUCUGAAAGGAGCCCCAUACACACUCAAGUUGUACAACUGAUGUACAACGCAUUUGUCACAAACGUUUUUUUCUCCCCCAAAAAUAAAAAUAAUAAUUACACAAGCACAGUGGUUAAGUAAACAUGUUUGUGCAUACACACUCUUUGUUGUAUCACACAAAUAUGAGUUGUAUCACAACCAUUGUGUCAUACUUUGUACAUCAGCUGGAUAACCUGUGUGUACAUAGCUUUGUGUAUUUAUUGCAAAGUGCCACAGUUUGAUGCCGAUCUUUUAUCAAAGGGGGAAAACUAGACUGCCAUUGACAAACCAUUGUGACGUUUAUCUUAAAUUAUGAAUUCUUUGUACAUUAGUAUUUGAAUUAUUGUUGUUUCAUGUAUUUAUUGUAUGUGAUUAAGAAAAUAAAUGUUUAUUGACAAAAUUA